AUGGAUGCUCAACAGUGUCUAGCAGAACAGAUCAUUUAUAGAAUGCCAGAGGAGAACCUAGUUGAGAACCAAUCAAGACGUAAGCGGGAAGUAGCGGCACUAGAGUCAAACGAAGUGGAGUCUUAUCUUACUAAGAAUAUUUUCCACUUGAACUGCACGGAGGCUGGUUUGAAAACAGCUGCGUGCGCUUUGGUGACUUGUAGAACAGGACUGCUCAACUUUGGGGACACUGCGGAGAUGAAACUGCAGUUUAACAUCAACAGGACCAUGAUAGAUCUGAUUCAGCAACAGGAUGUGAUACAGAUUUCCUCAUCAGCUUCGGUGAAAAUACCUGAUGAAUAUGACAUUUACUUUGGCAAAAGGUUAAGAAUGGCUAGUGUAGCUACUGUGCUGGUGGGCAACUUUGAGGAAACUAUAUCUCCCUUAGUUCUUAUAGUUUCCGCUCUUCUAGGAUUGCUCUUGCUGGCACUUCUUGUCACAAUACUUUCUAAGACUGGCUUCUUCCAUCGAAAGUACAGAGAAGACAUGAAAACUAUGAAAACUAGAGAUGUAACCACGGAAUUUGCCUACCAGGCGUUUCUUCCAGAGUUUGAAAAUAACAUUUUCUAUUAGUAUAUAGAGAUAGAUCUAGAUAUAAGAACAUUGUGAUAUUUAUAAUUUAAGUUAAUAUUUUAAUUCCUGAAGUUGUUGUGUAUUGUAUAUUAAGUAUUAACAUUAAUAAUGCUAUUUUGUGUGUAUUAGCCUAUUAGGCCUAUUUAUCUAGAAUUGUUGCAAAUGUUUUAAGAUUGACUAUUUAUGGAAGUGCUAGGGCUAUAGAAAUAUACUUUGUAUAUACUAAGGAAUAAUGAAUGUACAUUUUAUCAGAUUAUUGUAAAAGGAACCUAAAAUAUUCUUUUGGAGUAUUUAUUUUGGUUUUGUUUUAGAUGUGUAAAAUGUGUAAUUUUACCUGCA